UCUAGACAAACGUCAAUGGAUCAAUUAGCAGCAGAAAUACUUUCACGUGUGAAGACCCUGGCCAUCUGCAGCCUGCCGGCGUUCCGAGGGGGGACAAAGAUGAUCGGGACUUUGCAUCGGCCAGCCAUCGACAUCACGCUUCCAUUUGCGCUCUGGUGUCAAUUGUGUCCUGCUGCACGUCAAUUUGCUUCCGCAACCAGCUUGUUUCCCCAUUUCACUCCUAUGGCCGAGGACCCCGCGCGUGCAUAAAUUAACCGAUCCCCCCAGCCUGCUCCAUGUCGUUGCCUUCCCCCGUCACCCAUCCCAACAUGCCGCCGAGCAAAGAAACUGCGAAGCAUGAGUGCGUCUCCGAAGACGCGCUGCAGCACUUAUAUUCCUACAAAUACUCGAGCGUCGACAAGUCCUUUAUAUCGCGGUACAUUCUGAAGCAUUACUGGAACGGAUUCGUCGAAUUGCUACCGCUAUGGCUCGCUCCGAACCUCGUCACAUUGCUGGGCUUUUUCUUCAUAUUGGGGAAUGUAGGGAUUUUGAGUCUCUACGUGCCGGAUCUCGUUGGACCGGCACCUUCCUGGGUAUAUUAUAGCUUUGCUUUUGGCAUGUGGAUGUAUUCCACCAUGGACAAUGUAGAUGGCAAACAAGCACGUAGAACCGGAACAUCGAGUCCUCUAGGAGAGCUGUUCGAUCAUGGCAUCGAUUCCCUAAACUGUACGCUGGCUAGUUUGCUGGAAACUGCUGCUGUCGGGUACGGUUCUACUCAGAUUGGCGCAUUCACCGCUCUUGUGCCUGUGCUUCCCAUGUUCUUCUCCACUUGGGAAACUUACCAUACACAUACCCUGUAUCUUGGUUACUUCAACGGUCCCACUGAGGGCCUCAUCUUAGCCUGCACUUUCAUGUGCAUGUCCGGAUACUUUGGACCUCAGAUUUGGUCUACUCCUCUGGUCCAGUAUCUACCGGCUUACGAGGCAUGGCUCGGUGACAUGAGCUUUCGGGAACUUUGGGUGCCCAUGAUCUUGUCUACUUUCUUCAUCGCACAUUUGCCGGCUUGCGUCUUAAAUGUUGUCAAAACCCGUCGCGCGCAGAAUCUACCCGUUAUGCCACUAUUUUUGGAAUGGACUCCACUGGUCAUAUUUUGUCUUGCUACCAUGGCUUGGCUAGGUUCACCGUACUCCUUUAUCCUCAAGGACAACCACUUGGUCCUCUACUGCUUGACCAUGUCGCUAGUAUUCGGGCGCAUGACGACAAAGAUCAUCCUCGCGCAUCUUACCCACCAGCCCUUCCCAUACUGGACCAUCAUGCUGGCUCCCAUGAUCGGCGGUGCUCUAUUAGUGAACCACCCCUACUUCACCAUCACAGGAACCACCUUCGGCCCUAUUUCUGCGGGAUUCGAGCUAUGGUACCUCCGGUCGUACUUUGUGUUUGCCGCUGUUGUCUACGGCAAGUGGGCUCACCUGGUCAUUACUAGCAUAUGCGACUUCCUCGGCAUCAACUGUCUCACUAUCAAACCCAAGCAGACAAACGAGAAAGGCUCGAGAUCGAAUGGAGCUGCCAACGGCUUCCGUCCGGACAAAGGCCGUACGGAUUGA